AUGAAUAGUCAAACAAAUAAAAUAGUAAAUCUAUCAUAUUUAAUAUUAAAUAAAAUAAUAAGAUAUUUAAAUGAUAACAUUGAUAUCAUUUGUUUCAGUUUAGUUUGUAAGAGAUGGUACAACGAUAGAGAUAAAUAUUUAAUAUUCAACACUGAUCGUAUCAACCUAUUUUCACUUCAUAAUAGCACUGAUACCAAUCAAUGUUAUCAACAUUUCAAAUUACCAUCAUAUUAUAAUAUUUUUAAGAAAUCAAUUCAAUUAAAAAUGAAUUGUAUACUGACAAUUGGUGAUGAAAACUUUUCAGUAAAAUACGAUUAUUUUUAUGAUGAACUUAAUAAGCUUACUAGUAUUCCCUGCAAUGUUUCAGAUAUCUAUAUACAAUUUUAUGAUAGUCUUCCAAAAGAUGAGAAGGAGUAUCUAGAUAGAUUAUUAUCAGAAUCACAAUCAUUAACAGAUUUGAAUGGAUGCUCCACAUUGAAAUAUGGAUUACCAAAGUCAAUCAAAUCACUAUCUCUUAUUGAGUUUGAUGAAAUUCUAGUUAAAGGAUCACUUCCGAAUUCUUUACAAGAAUUAUAUAUUGAUGAUAUAUAUCAAGAGAUUCUACCAGGUGUACUUCCAGACGGUUUACUAUCAGUUACUCUAGAUCGCUAUCAUUAUGAAAUUCUACCAGGUUUACUUCCAAAUGGUUUAGAGAAAUUAAGUUUGGAAGGGUAUCAUCUUGAAAUUCAACCAGGUGUAUUCCCAUCAUCUCUCAAGAGUUUAUCUCUUCUAAGUUAUGAACGAAAUUCAAUCGAUUCUACAUCUUGGGAAGAUAGUAUAGAAAUGAAAUCUUAUUUUCCAAUUUCAUGGUUCCAAGCAAUAUCAUCACUUUCCAACCUUCAAACACUCAUAUUGGAUUUUAAGUAUAAAAAACAAGAAGCCAAUAUAUUCAAUCUUAAAUACCUCUCUCCAAACAUAGUCUCACUGGUCAUUAAAAUACCAAACAUCGUUCUAAAAGGAACUAUGCCAACAUCUUUGAAAAGAAUCAAUCUUGGUGAAUUCAGAUUCAAGAUUGAUGAAAUAUUCCCAGAAACCAACCAAUAUCACUUGGAAUCAUUUGAAUAUAGAAAUAACUGUUUUAUUCCAAUGCCACCAAAUAUAAAGAUCAAUAAUUUAUCAGUAUCAGGAGAAUCGAAACAAUCAACUAUAGCUCUUCCGUCUGGAGUUAGAUCAAUCUUCUUAAAUAUAAAAUGGUCCGGUUCAAAAAAGAAGAAAAUUGUUUUUAGCGACAAUGAUGUUACCGAUCAAACGUCCAGAAGAUCAUUAAAACUACUCCGACUUCCAACAUUCAUAGAAGGACCACCUAAAUUUGAACUACCAAACACCAUCGAAUAUCUGGAUAUUGGCUACAAUGAACUAGAUGAUAUUUCAGAAUUUAUACCAUCAACACUCAAAACUCUUGUUUUUAGUGUACAAUCUAAUAUCAAUAUCAACAUUCCAAAUGAUUUUGAAUAUGAACAUAGCUUUAAAUUAGUUUCAAACUUAAAAGACCAGCUAUUUAAACCAUAA